CGGAUCGCGCUACGAAUCGUUUCGCUUUAAAGUUACCUGGGCGCAGUGCAGAAUAAUAUACGGUCGGUGGUUAAGUUUUCUGAAAAAUUCGCAAUUCAAAACCGGCAAGGUCUGACUCGAACUUUGUAGCGCUCAUCGAUCGAAGCCGGGCAGGUAAACGAGUCAACCUAUUGCUACUACUGCUGCUGCUGCUGCUGCUACUUUCGAACCGAUUAUGGUGGAAGUUUUUGUUUUUUCGGAAGGUUGAAAUUACAGGUGACCAGUGAUUUGGAAAAUAGGAUUAAAGUGUGUCGCGAGUGUAAGGGCAUCAAAUCGAAGGAAAUCAAAUUAUGGUCCCGAGUGUGUCAAAGUUGGUGAAAAGUUGAAAAUUUGAUUUACCCGCCCAUGUGCAAUUGCGCGACCGUACCAAGUGAAACAAGCAAGGCGCCUGCUGCGGUUUUGUAACAUCCUAGGGGGGUUUAUUCAGUUGCAGCGUGCAACGAUGGUACCGCGGAUUCAAAUCUUAGCAGCUGUUGCUGCUUAUUUGUGUCAUUACAGCAGUGUUCGGGCAGAGCCGUGGAAGAACCAAGAGAGCGAUCAUGGUGGGACGACGUUACUCGAUCACUACUUCGUGCAUCAUUUCGAUCACGAGGAACCGGACUCGGAGCCGGCGCCCUCAUUUGCCCGCCAUUCAUCGGUCAGCAUCAAUUGCCGGUGUGUUACGCUGCGAGAAUGUCCGAAAAUUUUGGAAAUGCUGCGAACCCCCAAGUCCAGCUAUAGUAGCUUUAAUUCCAAACUGAAACAACUUACCUGUGGGUUCGGGAUGGGUAGAGAGCCGAGUAUAUGCUGUCCGUUGGACGAUAGCUGGCUUACGGAUGAGAUAGAAUCGGAUUCACGAUCGAGCUUCGGCUUCGCGGAUAACGACAAUCUAAAGUACAUGCAUUAUUCGAAGAACCAAUUUGGUUACGGUAAAGCCGAACAAGAGCACAAGUACAACUUCAUCCCGUCCUUCGAGGAUCCAAAAACAUUGAAAAAUUGUCCACCUGUGAUUUAUCCUACCAGUGCGGUGACUCGAGCGAACAACCCGUAUGUUGCACCGGCUGUUCGCAAAAGGACUACAACCGUUCGGCCCAGAGCGGUCAGCAGCAAUGCUCGAGCUGGUGUACUGAAUACUGUGGUGGAGGCCGUGACCGUUGUCACGACGGAAGCUCCGCUUAUCGAAACAACAGCCCGUCUGGUAGCAACCGUUCCGCCUCCGCCGAUAAUAAAUGAUGCAUUGUGUGGGCUUUCCGUUAACACCAGAAUCAUCGGAGGUGAGGCUGAAAUUCCCGGCCAGUUCCCAUGGAUGGCCCGAUUGGCCUACAGAAAUCGAACUUCUGGACGAGUAACGUAUCGCUGUGCAGGAUCGCUGAUCACCAGUCGACACGUGAUCACCGUUGCCCACUGCGUGACUAAUCUGAUCGAUGAAUUGGAGCUAGUUAGUGUUCGACUGGGUGAUCUCGAGUGCAAUUCCUUGACGGAUAAUCGAUGUCGAAAUCGCUAUCAAGAUUUUGCGAUAGAACGUUUGAUCCCACACGAGAAUUACGACAGUCCCAAAUAUGCGAAUGACAUUGCGCUGGUGAAACUGCAACAGACAACCGAAACAUAUAACAUUCUCAGUCCAUUAUGUCUACCCAUGGACCAGUACUCGGACUACGCUAGAAACCUAACCGGCAGCACGGGAAUCAUUGCUGGCUGGGGAUCAACUAGCAAUCGUAGCAACACCCCGAGUCCAAUACUGCAGUGGCUUCGGUUGCCAAUCGUGGACACCACUCAGUGUGCCAACUCGUACGCCCGGUACAGUGUAAACUCUCGGACGCCGAUUGUUGUAUCAAGCAAUCAGAUGUGCGUACAGGGUCAGGAAAACCGGGACGCGUGCCAGGGCGAUUCGGGUGGACCGCUAAUGAACGAGGCCGUCUCCAGCCGUGACCGAUUCGUGCUACUCGGGCUGGUCUCGUUCGGACCGCGCACCUGUGGCGUGUCAAAUUUUCCCGGAGUGUACACCCGGAUCUCGUCCUACACUGAUUGGAUCCAGCGCCAGAUAGCCUUUUAGGGAUUCUGCUUCGCUUCGGCGAAACUCGGCAGAACUGUCAGUAGGUUUAAGGUUUCGAAACAAACGCUUCU